AUGCGCCUCAACGCCUCCCUCUCUCUCGUGUCGGAGUACACCCUCUCCAAGUACAUCGUGCUGAUUUUCGAGCUGCUAGAGCUGCGCGUCGCUCGCGAGCUCCCUGCAUCGUUCGGCCUCGUUCUAGACGGAUGGACCAGUGGUGGUCGUCACUACAUCGCGAUAUUCGCGGUAUGCGGCAGCGACAGUACCGGUAUUACCGGUGGCGGCGCUGACAACGAGUACUAUGACGAUCUCGAGUGCUCAUCGCGCCGCUUCCUGCUGUUAACAUUCGCUCCAGUAGAGGUCGAGGAAAACAUGGGUGCGCAGAGUCAGUACGACCUGAUCGCUGACACGCCGUCUCGCUAUAACAAGCCCUGGAGCGCGGUGAAGUUCAUGGUGGGAGACAACUGCUCUAUGAACCAAUGCAUCGGCCGGAAGGAAGGGGCUAUCCCCUUCAUUGAAUGUGCUAGCCACAGAUUCAAUUUGGCGGUGAAGGACUUCCUCAAGACCGAGGACGAGCUCAUUGCGAAGGUGCACGCGCUGAUGACCAAGCUCCGGACGAUCAAGGGCCGCGCUCUGCUUCGCCGCGUCUCCCAUCUGUCGCCUCUGUUGAGGAACGACACCAGGUGGUCGAGCACGUACGAGAUGGUGGCGCGCUAUGUGAAGCUCCAGCCCGCCAUAAUCAAGCUGGGCCAUGACCUUCUGGUCAAGUACGAAGUACAGCCGCUUUUGCUGCGGCGCGCCGAGCACGAGCGAGUCAAGGCGUUGGAUAAGGACCUGGAGAUGUUCGAGGGAGUCACGAAAGAGCUACAGAGGUCUACGCUAACUUUAUCGACGGCCCUUGAAAGGGCACCAGCGCGGGAGGACGGCAACAGCUCUAUCGUCAAGGCGGCGUUCAAGAAGAGGAAGGCACCGAGGCGCUCGCAAUACGUGGACGUCGCCUACGUGCCGCCGACGUCCAACGAAUACGGGCGCUUUUUUUCGGCGGCGAAGCUGGUGCUCACAGACGUGCGGAAGAGUCUCUCCCCCACCAUGCUCGAGAUGCUGAUGUGUCUGCAGUACAACCGCGACUUGUGGGACGUCAACACGGUGGAGCAGGUUCGUGCACGAAUUGGCAGCAAUUAA